AUGUUUCCAAGAUAUCCGAGAUAUUUAUGGAGAAAUACUCAACCCAAAAUCAAUGUAAUACAAACUCCACCACUAAGAGUGCUGUCAGACUAUCAAAUUAAAAUUAUCAAGGAUAGUUGGGAGAUUUUGAACAAACAUCCCGUUGAAUCUGGUCAAGCUAUUUUCUACACUUUUCUAAAACGUUAUCCAGAGCAUAAAAAGCGAUAUCCAGCAUUUAGAAACAUGACACUCGAAGAACUUAAAGAUACACCGCAAAUUCGUCAUCAUUGCAGUCGCAUUAUGGAAUUUUUUGGUGCAGCUAUCGAUUCUCUUGGUACAGAACAACAAAGAGACAUUCUUGUCACUGCUUUAUCAGACAACGCUGACUAUCAUGGUAAGAAAGGUAUAACAAAAGAACAUUUCAUUCAAAUGCGUGACGUCAUGUUGGAAGUCAUUUCUGGUGCUUGCAAAUUAGAUGAUGAAGAAAAAAAGGCUUGGAGUGAUUUAAUGGAUAUAAUGUAUCAUAUUACAUUUAAUGUUUUAGAUGCAUUGAACAAAUGA